AUGGAAGAAUAUACGCACAAGGGGCCUGUUGAUUGUAACCAGCCAAUCAAUGUGGAGAACCUCAAAGGAAAAACAGCAAUUGUCACUGGUGGUGCCAACGGUUUGGGAGAGGCCUACGUCCGAGCUCUGGUUGCCGCCGGAGUCAAAGUCUGUAUCGGCGACCCUGACGUUCAAAAAGGAAGCGAGUUAGAACAAGAACUUCCUGACAUCAAAUUCAUUCGCUGCGACAUCACCAAGUGGACUGACCAAGUGGAACUCUUCCGUCAGGCUGUCCUCUUCUCUUCAACUGGGUUAAUUUCACAUGUCAUAGCCAACGCGGGUAUUCAUCGUCGAGACGAAGUUUUUUCGUACUCUGGUGAUGACCAGGAGCCAGAAGAGCCCGAUCUCAGCGUCAUUGAUGUCAACAUCAGAGGUACUCUCUAUACCGCUAAAUUGGCCGCACAUUAUUUUAUUCGGCAGAGUGGUACACAUGCAUCGCAAAAACAAGAGGAUUCAUCUCUGGUUUUAAUCGGAUCGGGUGCGGCUUUUCUGGACUGUCCACGGAGUCCUCAAUAUAGUGCAAGCAAAUGGGCCAUGCGCGGAAUUAUGCACUCGUACGUCAAAACAAACAUCUUAUCAGAUGAUGUUUUCAAACAUGUAUGCAAUGUGGGAGUUGAGUUAGCGAAGGCAGAAGAUGCGGGCCAAUGCCUGCUAAGGAUCCUCAGCGACCCUAAAAUCAAUGGGCACUCGUUAUUUGUUUCAGGAAGAAAGUGGGCUUCUAGCGGAUACCUUGAUCUUGACUUGGAUGAUUACCCGCAGAAUGCACUGAUACAGGAGAUACAGGAAGACCAAAUGAGAUCGGCACCUGUCUCUUUAGGCUUGUUUGGAUGA